AAAACCAAUCUUUCUCUCGGGGCUCUAGGUUUAAACAGAUUAAAAAGGGCACGCUUCUCGAAAUUUUCAGUUACGAUUGUUCGCGGGCGUAUCGAAUAUCGAAGAAGAACAAGAAACUGGGAAAUGGAUGAUGUGGGGUUUCCCGAGAAAACUGAUUCUCGGGAAAGUGAUGAGAAUUUGGGAGAAAACGAAGAUGAAACUACCGGUUUUAGUACGCAGCAGCAGCGGAAUGCAUCUUUGAAUCUCGAUCUUAACCUGCUGCCCGAGACUGUGCCAGUGGAUUCUGAUCCUUUGUUUCCCCGGUUACCAACAUUUGAUUUCCUCAAGUCUUUUAUGGGCAUUGGUUUGAGAAUGGAAAGAGACCCCGAUGCCGAAAUCGCCAGUUCUUCAAGUAAAAAGAGGAAAAUUUAUGUUGCAUUAACACAAGAGGAAAUUCAGCAUGAUUUGGAAAUGAUCAGAACAUGGGGAGAGAAACAGGUUGAGCCAAAGAACAAUAGGUUUGUUCGUCAUUUUGAAGACAAGGUUGCUAUUAGAGAAAGACUGGAAAGGGAGAAAGCAGAAAGAUUCCAUGAGAUUGCUAAACAAUUUGCCCUAGACCAUGCAUGUGGUCAAGUUGAAUCUAGGUGCCUUUCGAAAUAUUCUACCAAGAAUGCUGAUCCUGCUGCUUUGAAGAGCGUCAUCAUUGAUGAUGACGAUGAUGACAAAGAACAAUUAGGAACUCCUUUCGGUAAGGCAAUGGAGGUGAUUAAAACCCGAAUUUCCAGAAAGAAGUUAUCAAGUGGUGGAUUAGGAGUUGAGUUCAAAUGGGUACCAAAGAAUGUUAAAAGAUCACCUUUUAUGGGUCGUAAGGUUCCUUCUUUGCUAGACCUUAGUUUGUGUACUCUUGCGAAGAAUGCCGAUGUGAUUGUAUCACUUGACCAUGUUCCUGAUAUGCUGAGGCAUAAGCUCAGUCGAUUGUUGUGUGAUUCUAGGAAUAUGGAUGCUCAUUUUUUGCAACUUCUUGCUAGUGGAUUGCCAACAGAGAUUCGAAUCAACGACUGUUCGCAAGUGACCGAAGAUGAAUUCACCAAGAUAUUUGGCUGCUGUGAUACCAACAACUUAACUGUGUUGCAGCUUGACUUGUGUGGAUCUUGUAUGCCGGAUUAUGUACUACAAGAUACGUUAGCCCGUUCAUCAAACAGCCUUCCUGCUUUAGCUACCUUGUCUCUGAAUGGCGCACAUCGCAUGGCGGACAAAGGGCUAAAUAUGCUUGCAUUGUCUGCCCCUGCUCUGCAGUCAAUAAAUCUGAGCCAUUGCUCCCUUCUCACAUCUGCUGGUAUCAAGAAUCUAGCUAACUGCUCUGAAUCCACCUUAAGAGAGCUUUAUUUAGAUGAAUGUCAUAAUAUUGAAGCCAUGGUAGUAUUGCCCGCACUGAAGAAGCUUAAAUGUCUGGAAGUUCUGUCAAUGGCUGGAAUUCCAACUGUCUGUGAUGAUUUUGUCAUCCAAAUGGUUGAAGCAUGUGGCAAAAAUAUGAAAGAGCUUGUUUUCACUAAUUGUUUGGAAUUGACUGAUGUAUCUAUCAAAUCUGUGGGGGGAAAUUGUUCCAAAUUAUGCACAAUUGACCUUUCUUACUUGUCGAAGUUGACGGAUAAAUCAAUGAGAUAUCUUGCCAAUGGCUGUAGAUCAAUUAGCAGGCUUAAACUGAGCCGCAACGGUUUCAGCGAUGAAGCUAUUGCUGCCUUCUUGGAAGCCUCAGGAAGUGACCUAACUGAACUUUCCCUGAACAACAUUCCCUUGGUGGGACUGAACACUGCAUUGGCGCUUUCCAAAUGCUCGAGGAAAUUAUUCAGUUUGGACCUAUCAUGGUGCCGUAAAUUGAACGAUGAAGCACUAGGGCUGAUUGUAGAUAGUUGCUUGUCACUGAAGCAGCUAAAACUCUUCGGCUGUACACAGCUCACGGAUGUGUUUCUAAAAGGGCAUUCGAAUCCCCAGGUUCAGAUCAUUGGACAGGAGCUGAGAACAGUAUCGAAAUUUCUCGAUUUGCUCAAACCCCAAGAACCUCCACUGCGGUAUUCACCUAUCGGUAGCUUACACUCACUAACAAGGUUACCCAGUUUGCUAGGCUCAGCCUCAUUGAUUGACAUAUACAAAAAGCAAGAUUGAUUCAUUCAAAGCCUUCAAGAAGCACACUUCUUUUCGUGUCCUACCACAUUCACAAUCAUUCAAAACCUGUAUAAUGGUCAAUGGAAUAUUUUGGAUAGUUUACAUGAUAUGAUCAAAUUAAAGAGAUAGAAAUCUUCUCCAUAGUUGAGAGUGUAUUUCAGUUGAUUCUAUAUGGUUUUAUUCUAUUUUC